CAUGGAACGGAUCCGAUAUUAGUUAUUGUAACUUCUUCACGUAGUUCAAAGUUCACAGGCAUAUUUUAGUAUAAGGUAAGUUUUAAUAAGGCAGCUGUAUCUCAGAGAUCGUCGGACUGUAACAGUGAGGAGGUCAGCAUGAGGACAGGUUUAUGGGAAUUCCCGUUUUGUUGUCACGAGUUUUUACUCUGAGAACCCGAAAGCACCAGUCUGGCUUGCAUAAUUAAGGUGAAAGCAUGAGCGGUCAGCAGGUGUCGCUGUUGCUGCAGGAGUGUGUGAGGCGCGCGGUCACCGGACCUGAGGGAGACCCGCAGCUCCGCCGCACUGCAGGGGGCGCUAGUCGAGCAGGGUCGUUUCCGGAGGAUCUGAACACGCUCCUGCAGGAGGCCAAGGACAGAAAGUGGCCGUUCGUCGAGGAGAAAUGGCAGUACAAACAAUCCGUGACGUCUGAGGACAAGAUGAACUCGUCGGAUCUCAUCAGAAAACAUCUGCUGCAGUUACUGGGGUUUCUCAGAGACAGCAUCGCCGCCGAGGAGCCGGAGUGGGCCGUCGCUGUGGUCUUCCUGCUCGACCGCCUGCUUUACUGGAUGGACGGCUCUCGUGUGCUGUUGAAGAUUGCUAAAGCGUUGCACAAACGUUAUCCGGACGUUCCCAUCGCCCCUCAGGUCAUCAUCAGACAGGCUCGUGUCCAUCUGAACACCGGUAAACUGCAGAAAGCGGAGUUCAUUCUCAGCAGUCUGAUCAGUAAUAACGCUUCAACAGGCUCGUGGACGUAUCAGAAGACCAGUGACCAGACGCUAGUGCAAGCCGUCAGUCUUCAGGUGCGAGGACAAGUGCUGCAGACGCUGGGUCUGUGGCUCGAGGCUGCUGAACUCAUAUGGGCUUCUCUGAUGGGUUUUUACGCUCUUCCACAGCCUGAUAAAAAGGGUAUUGGAACGUCUCUCGGGCUCCUGGCGAACAUACUGACCUCCAUGAAUGACCGAGACUUCGCUGCGCUUCAGAAGAAGCCUCAUAUUGACCUGAGUUAUCUAGGAGAGAGUCGCCAUCGUCUGCUGUCUGCGGCGCGAGCGGCUAAAAUGGCCGUUGUGUUCAGUCAGUAUGGAUCGCUGUAUGUUCUGACCAAUGUGGUCGCUCAGGGCAUUUGUUUGCUAUCAUAUAGCUUCACAAAAAAAUGCCCUGCGGAGGAUCAGCGGAUGUACCUGGCUUUAGCUAAGGAGGCCUUUGAGAUUGGCUUGUUAACAAAGACUACAGGAGACAUCGUCACCAGCAAGCUGGAGUUGCACACGUUCCUCAAAGCCGCUUACUGCUUAGCCACGACUCACAGAUGGAUGCUCGGCCCGUCAGAAACGAUCAUCUCAGCGUUGAGCGCCUGUCGGGAAGCCAUGACUUUAUUCAUUGACUACUGCGCCAGAGCAGAUUCCACUUUAUGCACCGAGAUCAUGACGAAGAUACAGCAGAUUAAGUUGCUGUUGAAGGUGGAAACGUUUCGUAAUUCCGAUCCGCAAUCUUUUAUUCCCGACAGCUACCGUUUAAUGGAGUUUGGGCCUGUUUUGUUCACGCUCAGUGAUUUUGAGAAGACAUUGGAUGUUUUUGGAAAGCACCACAAGUCUGUUUGUGAGGCGUUCGAGAAAGGCGUUCGACGUGGUUCGUGCUCGAAUCACGCACAGUGUAUAACGGCGUUCCAGACGGACACGGAAGUUCUCGCAACGGAGAUGCAGAAAGCGGAUCAUUCAUGUCCGUUUUCCUCCAAGGAGAAUCCAUCUGGCAGCGGAUCAUCUUUAAUUCUGGUCGAUCAAAGUUGUCGUACUGUCGAUGAACAAAGCAGCCUUGGAUCUUAUGAGCUGGUUGAUGACUUCAGCAAUGGGAGUCAAAAAGCAAACAUCGUCAGUCUGAGCAAUCGAAGUAGUGCUAGUCCAUCUGUUCCCAACACCUUCAGAAACAACAAUGGAAGCCCAAGUCAAUCCCAAUUGAUGCAAGAGCUCGCCACAACUGAAGAUGUUGAGGACAACCCAUCAGAAACAUCAAGUACCCAACGGAGAGACAAUCAGAAGAACCAGAACGCAAGAACGUCUGGUUCCUUCAGCAGUGGUUCUUCAUGGGAACGUGUUUCAAGACAGUCUCAAAGUGGCAUAGAAACUGAGGAGAACGUUGCAGAUCCCUCUCAAGAUAGCAAUGAUGCAAAGGUUGGUUGCACCAAAGGUGGAAGCACUUCUUCGCUUUCUCUCUGUGAUAGCUCCGCAUCACGUUCUUCUUGGCAGAAACUCUCCAUAAGCCCUGUCGCUAAUGUAGAACAUCUUGAACGCCUUGAACAUCAGUCUCAGAGCGGUAUAGAAACAGAGGAAGAAGUUAUUGACCUCUCUUAUGAUAGCAGCGUAAUCAAUAACGAUGCAAAGGUUGGUUGCACCAAAGGUGGAAGCACUUCUUCGUUUUCUCUCUGUGAUAGCUCCGCAUCACGUUCUUCUUGGCAAAAACUCUCCAUAAGCCCCGUCGCUAAUGUAGAACGACUUGAAUUAAUGCACAAGAAAGAAAGGACAGAUCAUCUUCAAGUCCCAGACAAGAUUCCAGAAUGCCAAGGAACGACUCUGCCGUCCACCGAGAGCGACCCGUUUGAAGAACUGGGGUUUGAGCAUCUGUCAAUACCCGAGUCACCGUGCAAGGACUGCUUUGAGAAAUGCAUCAUGGGAAGCGACGUCCUGACUGAGCGUGACUACCGAUCUCUCUUGGCUGGAGUUUGUCAGCGAUGCCUGGUUGAGAGACUGCCGAACAAACCGCUGAAGCCUCUGGAUCCCACACAACUGGAGAAGGCCUACGAUGCCAUGGUCUUGAAAUACUCCAAGGCCUCUGACGUCUGGAUAGGCUCUGAGAGCAGCGUUUACAUCGGGAAACCGAUGGACGUCCAGGGCCAACAGAGACGAGCCAUCGAGGUGCAGUACCUUCACCAGGAACAACUGCUCAGCAGCUAUGUAGCAAAGGAAUACCUGAAAGCUAAAGGGCUCCAUGCACACCUUGAUGACGUGGAGAGACAGAUGACUGCACAAUACUACGUUACAGAGUUUAAUAAAUGCCUUUACGAUAAUAACGUCACAACUCAGAUCUUCUUCAUCCCAUCUGAAGUGCUGCUGAUUCUGGAGAAGGAUCGAAUUGUAAGCUGUUUAUCUGCAGAGCCGUACAUGUCUGGGACAUUUGUAAAACUCACAAACAACGCAAGAGAUACUGACAAGAAGCUUGAGGCGACUAAAUACGGCAUCGCCUUCGGUCAUUUCACCUACGAGUUCUCCGGUCAUCAGGAGGUCGUGGUGGAUCUGCAAGGAUGGAUAACGGCCAACGGGAAGGGCCUGACGUACCUGACCGACCCUCAGAUUCACUCGCUCCUGAAGCCCAGAUCCAGUAACUUCCAGCAAACCGGAAUCAACUACUUCAUCAAGCAUCAGCACGGAGACGAGUGUAACCAGAUCUGUCGCGCCGCUGGACUCCAGCAGAUCAGAUCAUAUAUAAACACAACAAUAUAAUAUGGAGUGAAUUCAAUGUCAAAAACUGGAUUGAUCUACCUAAUAUAAAAUAUGUUCCUAUAAAAUAACAAUGUUUUAUUUAUAGAAAAUUAUAGGCUAUAAAAACAAUGUUGAAAUGAGAAAUGAGGAAGUGACUGUUAUCAGUUACACAUUUUCUGACCACAAGAACCUUUGGAUGCACUGCAUGCAGUUCCUGAUUGUGAAAUAUCUGGGUCACGAUCAAGCAGAGUCAUAUGACAGUGUCAUCAUUAAUGCUGCGGCGCGUCAUGUGACUGAAACCUGAUCAACUCCAUUCCAGAGCUUCACAACAAACACUCCUCCGGUUACACUCUGCUUAUUUUCACCCGACUGGCCGGGCAAAUCACUCUCACUGUGCUAUUAAGAGCAUGCACGGUAAAUAUGCCAUAUAAUCACAAGCUAGUAUUUCAUCUGGAGAAUCACUGAUUGAAAACGACAGAAGAGUUAAUAGCAAUUUUUGUGACAGUCAUGGAAAUAUCAGAGGACUUAAAAACAGAUUUUUAUAGCAAUUUUCACAUUACAUAUCAUUUUAAAGCAGCUUUACAGAAAGUAUAUAUAUAUAUAUAUAUACAGAGCUGGGUAGCUGGGUAGACAAGAACUGUAGAAUCCAUUACAUUACACAUUUUAGGUAAUAUAAUCAGACUACUUUUGACCUAACUUGCUUAUCACGUAGACUUAAAUAGGAUAAUGUUGUACCAUAUCGAUAUAAAAAAAAAAAAAAAAUCGAAUCCAUUCGUUGUGACCGACAACAUGAAGUGCAUUAAACAUUACAUUACUUUACAUUAUAAAGGUUUCCCAAACUGGGGUUCAUAGAAGAAAUGCAGGGGGUUUGUGAGUUUAAUGAAAAGCUAAUAAUUCAUUAAAUCAUAAAAAUGUAAAAUAAAAUAAAACAUUUUUAAAUUACACCAAUCAAAAUAAAACACUUACUACAAAAUUUAUAUAUAUAUAUAUAUAUUAUUAUUUUUUAAUUUUUUUAUCUGCAUGUCAUGUGACCAUUAACCAACAUCAGAACAUGCAAAUGUGUUACAUGAUUAUUAAAAUAUUUAUUUUAAAAUCUCAGGGGUACUGCAUUACGUUUAAAUAAUAAAAAAUAAAAAGAAUGUGAAUUUGUGCAUUUUAAUGUAUUUGAAAAACAAAUGCCUUCCAAAGACAAAGUAAUACAUGAUGAAAUAAUAAGUCAAAUAAAAAUAAAUAUGUAUAUCAGUAGUUGAUGUAAUGUUAUAAUGCUAAGAAAACACUUCUUAAAACUUAAAUGAUUUUUGUAAAUCCAGUGGUCAAAUGCUGUGGCCUUUCUGUGUAAUUAUGUCCACCUGAAUAAUGACUGAUCUCUGUGUGAAUGUCCACAGAACUGGAGGCUUUCUGGGUGUACAUACGCAGUAAGCUAUUUUAGAAAGGAACAUUUAAAAGAUUAAAAAGUAGAAUUAGUGAGAAUCAGUAUAUACACAUAAUCAGUAUGUAUAUAUAGAUAUAUACACACACACACUACAAAAAAAAACCCAUAUUUUUAAUAUACGUUUGCAUAUUUGUCUCAUAGUUAUGCUCAGCCCUUUUAAUGAUAUAAUUAUAUCAUCUAUAAAAUAUAUUCUAAUAAAAUAUAAGUAUA